GCCUCUCUUUUUCUCUCUCUGUUUUCUUCUUCUCCCACAAAAGUGGACUCACACAUCCCUUCUCCAUAACCUAACCACACAAAUCAUCAUAAACUCAGAGAGAGAGAGAGAGAGAGAAUGUUGAGUUUCGGUUUCUGUGAACGUUUUUGUAAAACUCUCCGUGACAAUCGCAAAACCAUUAAGUUUGUUCUCAUCGGCACCACCGUAAGUGGUGUUGGUUAUGUGGCAUAUCGCGAGUUUUAUCCAUCGGAAGUGGAGGCGGUUACCGAUAGGAAAAAAGUGGUGGUGCUGGGAACAGGAUGGGCGGCAACAAGUUUUAUGAAGAAUCUGGACAGUCCAAAGUAUGAAGUACAGGUGGUUUCGCCUCGUAACUAUUUUGCAUUCACUCCUUUGCUUCCUAGCGUCACUUGCGGCACUGUUGAAGCGCGUAGCAUUGUUGAACCUGUUCGCAAUAUUUUUAGGAAGAAAAGGGUGGACGUGCAAUUCAGUGAAGCAGAAUGCUUCAAGAUUGAUGCUGAAAAUAAGAAAGUUUACUGUAAAUCUAAUGCAAACAACAAUCUUAAUGGGCAAGAAGAAUUUGUCGUGGACUAUGAUUACCUAAUCAUUGGUGUGGGCGCUAAAGUUAACACAUUUAACACGCCAGGAGUGGUGGAGAAUUGCCAUUUUUUGAAGGAAGUUGAAGAUGCACAGAAGAUUAGAAGAACGGUUAUUGACUGCUUCGAGAGAGCGAAUUUGCCUGAUGUAAGCGAGGAAGAAAAGAAGAGAAUUCUUCAUUUUGCUAUUGUUGGAGGAGGGCCAACUGGAGUGGAGUUCGCAGCUUCACUUCAUGACUUCGUCAACGAGGAUUUAGUCCAUUUAUAUCCUGGGGUCAAAGAUUUAGUAAAAAUUACACUUCUGGAAGCUGGAGAUCAUAUUUUGAGCAUGUUUGAUAAAAGGAUAACAGCUUUUGCCGAAGACAAGUUUCAAAGAGAUGGGAUUGAUGUGAAAACAGGAUCCAUGGUUGUGAAGGUAGAUGGGAAAGAAAUUUCCACUAAAGAGCUGAAAAAUGGAGGAAAGAUUACUACAAUUCCAUAUGGAAUGGCUGUCUGGUCAACUGGUAUUGGCACUCGUCCAUUUAUCAAAGAUUUCAUGGCCCAAAUUGGUCAGGCUAGCCGGCGUGCUCUAGCUACUGAUGAAUGGUUGAGAGUCGAAGGGUGCAACAAUGUAUAUGCGCUUGGUGAUUGUGCUACGAUAAAUCAGCGUAAAGUCAUGGAAGAUAUUGCUUCGAUCUUUAAGAAGGCCGACAAAGGCAAUUCAGGAACACUUACGGUCAAAGAAUUUCAAGAGGUCAUGGAUGACAUCUGUGUACGAUAUCCUCAGGUUGAGCUGUAUCUGAAAAAUAAACAGAUGCACAACAUUGCUGAUUUAUUGAAGGAAGCCAAGGGAGAUGUUGAAAAAGAAUCAAUUAAACUGAAUAUCGAAGAACUCAAAACAGCACUUUCCAAAGUGGAUUCUCAGAUGAAAUUUCUCCCUGCUACUGCACAGGUUGCAUCUCAGCAAGGAACUUACCUGGCCAAAUGUUUUAACCGGAUGGAAGAGUGCGAGGAAAAACCAGAGGGUCCUCUCAGGUUCAGGGGAGAAGGUCGUCACCGCUUCAAACCCUUCAGGUACCAACACUUAGGUCAGUUUGCUCCUUUGGGAGGAGAGAAAACAGCUGCCCAGCUUCCUGGGGAUUGGGUUUCAAUUGGUCACAGCAGUCAAUGGUUGUGGUAUUCUGUCUAUGCAAGCAAGCAAGUUAGCUGGCGUACCAGGGCCUUAGUAGUUUCAGACUGGGGAAGGCGUUUUAUUUUUGGGAGGGACUCGAGCCGCAUCUGAGGAAGUUUAAUUUUUUUGGCAUCACGGAGAAGGUUGUUGGUUUUUAAUUUCUUUUUAAAUAGGAAAAGAAUUUGUUUCUAUUCCACAAUUACUUAUUUUACAUAAAAUUGCACCUAUACUUUGAAUAAGUGCGCAAGACCUUGCUGCCUUGCUGGGCAGGACAAAGCUGAGAUUUCUUUAUUACCAUACCAGGUUCAACUCAAGUAUGAAUUUUCGUUUUUCCUGUUUUUGAAAUUAGAGUUGUAACUUUAGCAGUUGGCCUCCGAGUUUUGCUUAUUAUGUUUAUUUCGGAGAUGCAUGCCAUAGUCAAUUGUUCAUGUUAUAGCUAUAUUCUCUUGUUAUUUUUGGCCUUUUCAAACAAAAAAUAUUCUCUUGUUA